AUGAAGAAGCAGCAAAUAGAAUAUGAAUUUAACAUAAAGAACCAAAAUUUUAAUCUAAUCUUAAAUAAAGAGGAAAUUCAAGCUAAAUAUAGUAAAUAUAAAAACAAAAAGAGCAGCAUGGACACAUAUGACAAGGAACAAAAAGAAUUCAGUAUAAACAAUAUUUUUUAUGACCAUGUAUUUGUAGAGUCAUGCACAGGCUCGGUAGAAGAAAAAGAGUUUUUUCUGGCAUUUGCAAGAAAUAUUAUAUACAGUAUUAUAUAUUUAGAGAUAGAUAUAACCAAGAAGGAAGAUAGUAAGGAGAUGGAAUUGAAUACAUUAAAAGAAUUUUUAAAAGAAGAAUUACCGUUCGACUUUCUAGAUGAGUUAGAUUAUUUCGAUGGCAAUCUAUUAGAAGAUAAAUUAAUAGAAAGCGAGGUAGUAGUUAAUAAGAUAGAUUUUGAUUUACUAGUAAACCAUGUGAAAGCAUAUUUUAAUGCGUGGUUGAACCGUUUAAGCUUUUUAUAUGAGGAAAAGACGCACCCUAAUGUUAACAGACAUAAGUACAUGCAGAUGGUAGUUAAACACUUCAAAAUGAAAAGACAGAUAGAAAUCAUUUACAGCAAUAAAAAAAUAAUGAGCCAGCUAUAUGAACUAAAGAAGAAAUAUUAUAAAAUUAGAAAAUUUAAAGUUGCCAUGCCUGAACUAAAUUAUUUAUACUCUAUACGGCCAGGCAGUGACACUUAUAUAAUUGAAGAAGGAUUUGACUAUUUAAUCAAUAAUAAAUCUGCUGAAUUUAACCUUUCAGAUAUUAACAAAAUUAUAAAAGGUAUAAUAGAAGAGAAAAACGAGGAAGAUAAAAAUCGUAAAAAGCGCAAAAAUACUAAAAAAAAGGAUAUAAUAGAAGAGAAACCGAAGGAAGAUCGUAAAAGGGGCAAAAGUAUUAAAGGAAAUGAAAUUAACUAUUAUUUAGAAAAGGCGAUAAGCGCCAUUGACAAAAUAAUUCCAAUAGAAAUAUUUGAAACCCUUUUAUCAAUAGCAUUCUAUGAGGAAGAUAUAAAAAAGGAAAUGCGCGUAUUUUAUCUACUAAUAGAUCCUUUCCAUAUAAACAAAGACAGGGCAUAUUUAAAUGGCACUGCAGCCUCAAAUUACUUUAAUAUUCCUCCUCAGUCAAGGUGUGAAAACCAGGAAGCAACUGAUAAUGCCAAUAUUAUACAUGAGGUUAAGUUAAUGUUAAAUAUAGAGUUGUUGGAUAUAAUGGAAGACUCAGUGCUAUUUUAUAAUACACUGCUUCGCCAGGAAGAUACGAAUAGAAGCGAGUUAGAGUAUAUACAUUCAGAGAUAAGAAAAAGAAAGCUUGAAAAAAUUACUCUAAUCCACCAAUUACAUGAUAUUGAAAAAGCUAAAAACUCUGAUGUACUUGCAGAGACAAAUACAUCAGCUUUUGAAUUAGAAGAAUUGUCUAAAAAGAUUAAAGAUAUAAAAAAUGAGAUAAAAAAAGUCAGCAAUAAAAUUGCAGCUGAAAAUUCAUUGUUGCUAGCAACGAAAAGCCAAAUAAUAUAUAAAAACGAAUGGUAUGAUAUUAUUGAGCCCAAGGAUAAGCAUCUUUUUUUGAUAAUACAGCCUUUUCUAAAGAAUGCAGUAGAUAAAUACAUCGAUGCACUAGGCAUUUCUGCCAGGAUGAUUUUUACAGAAGAUAACUCCAUUAAAUACGAUCCAUUCGAACAAUUUGGUGAAUCAUAUUAUUUGGACUACAAUAGCCCAAGAAAAGACUGUGUAAAAAAAGAAAAUUCUGCACAGGCCAUAAAGAGAACUCCAAAGAAGACUCUUAAAAAAAGAGCAAAGCAAACAAAAAAAUCAUUUUUUACAAAGUAUAAAAAACCUGUACUUACUAUGGUUGUUCUAAGUAUUUUAAUGCUAUCUUCAUUAAUAAGUUUUAUACUUCCAAUUAUCUAUGCUGAUAAUGCUUAUAGUUAG